GAUUCCCUCUCUCUCUCUCUCUCUCUCUGUUCCUCGCUGCUCCCUCGCUCUCAAAAUAAGUUAACUUUAAAAAAUAAAAUAAAAAAGAAUACAAAAUAAAAUAGCGCCUCCCUCCGGGGUGUCGUGUGAAUGACACGAGUAACAGGUCACUUCUUGGCACUUAGUAGGUGCUUCAUAAACGGCCUCCGUAGAAGGACCAGUCAUGCUUUUUACAGAGAGACGUCUCAAGCGUGCAGCCCGAUGAAUUGUUUCGUGCCCCCCUCCGGUCCAUACCUGUUCACAGGCAACAGCCACAAUUCCUACUGGGUCACUAUUGUUUGCUUUGCCUGGUCCUAAGCGUCGUCCUCCUCCCGGAAUUGUCCGGCCUGUCGUCUGCGCGCCCUCUCAGCACGUGGGCGGUAUCCCCCAUCGGGGUUGGUCUCCACCGCCGGGCAGAGAGGGGCAGCUGGCGCUUGAGGGUGCAUCUGGUACCUUCUCUGUGUUGGGACAGGCAUCCGUAGCGGUUUCCACGCGGCCGGGAGCCAGGCCUCAGGGACAGGCGAGGGGGCAGCACCUCAGGAGCGCACAGGAGCAGCCUCCGUCCACCCCCCUUCCUCUGGGAAGGAAGGAGCUGAGAAGUGGAUCGUGAGCCCCGGCCCCGGGGAGGGGGGGCCCGGACCAUCCACCGUGAAGAGCGGGAGCUGAUGCCAGGCCCCCAGGGGGCUGGAGGAGCCCCUGCCAUGAGCCUGGGCAAGCUGUCACCGGUUGGCUGGGUGUCCGGCUCGCAGGGGAAGAGGCGGCUGACGGCGGACAUGAUCAGCCCCCCACUCGGCGACUUCCGCCACACCAUGCACGUGGGCCGCGGCGGGGACGUCUUCGGCGACACGUCCUUCCUCAGCAACCACGGUGGCAGCUCGGGGAGCACUCACCGCUCACCCCGCAGCUUCCUGGCCAAGAAGCUACAGCAGGUGCGGAGGGUAGGGGCACCGCCCCGGCGGAUGGCUUCCCCGCCCGCACCCUCGCCUGCUCCGCCUGCCGUGUCCCCCAUCAUCAAGAACGCCAUCUCCCUGCCCCAGCUCAACCAGGCCGCCUACGACAGCCUCGUGGUCGGCAAACUCACCUUCGACCGCGACCCUGCCAGCUCCACAGACGGCCACUCCGGUUACGGCCCGGACUCCGGGUUCUGCACUAUCUCCCGCCUGCCUCGCCCGGAAAAGCCUCGUGACCGAGAACGUGAUAGUGCCUUCCCCUCCGAGCCCGAGCUUCGCCGCUCUGACUCCCUCCUGUCCUUCCGCCUGGACCUCGACCUGGGGCCAUCUCUCCUCAGCGAGCUGCUGGGGGUCAUGAGCCUUUCAGAAGCCUCUGCAGCUGAGACGACCCCAGCCCCUGCUUCAAGUUCCCCAGCCCCUGCUUCAAGUUCCCCAGCCCCUGCCGCCAGACCCCCAGCCCCUGCCUCAAACCCCCAACCACGUGGACACUGCCCCAAUGGGGUGACUGCUGGAUUGAGCCCUCUGGCUGAGGUGAGGGCCAGUGUGGUGGGAGAGUGUCCCCGUAUACCUGCUGACACGGCCCCUAGCAGGCACUGGGGAGCAGGCUGGGGGGGCGGCCAGGGUAGCCACCGCUAUACUGAGAUCGAUGCCCGGCGAGAGCUAGCGGGGGUCCUGCCCCAGGCUCGGGCUUCUUGGGAGAGCCUGGACGAAGAGUGGGGGGCACCCCAGGCAGGCAGCAGGGCCCCCGUGCCCAGCACGGUGCAAGCAAACACCUUUGAGUUUGCUGAUGCUGAGGAGGACGAUGAAGUCAAGGUGUGACCAGCUGGCCGUGGGCUCAGGACCCUGCCAGGGCUCAGGGCACUGCCCAUGAACAGUGCAGAGCCAGCACCGAAUAGCUAGGUCCUGCCCACGAUAGAUGGGAGAACCCAGUUGCCCCCAAGCCCCUCCACGCCUCUGCAGGACAGACAUGGGAGGGAGGCCGGAGGAGACCAGGCUUGUUCUGGGACCUGGGUGUUCCCGUGGGCCCUGCUGGGCUGCAUUACCUAGCCCCUUGCCACUCUGGACCCAGGGCCGUUCCUUAGGCUCACCCCCCACCCUCUGCCAACCCCACUGGCUGGAGAGCCCAACCUCACAGUAUAGCCUUUGUGCUGGAAAAGCUGUCCUUGCUGGGGGGGGGGGGGGGGGGGCGGGGAGCAUACCACACAGGGCCUUUGUCUCCUCUCCCUAAGGGACGUCCUGCCCCAGCUCAUCCCAGAGCUGCCCCCAGCAGGGUCCCUCCUGCACCCCUCAGAGCCCCAGCCCUUGCUAAGGCUGCUUCCCCAACAUUCCAACCCCAGAGAAAAGUCAGGUGCGACCUCACAGGGGAGGAAUCCCACCUUCCUGUGCACCCCAGACCUGCUUCUGGGUCCUGAUUAAAAAAGGCUUUUUGAUAAAA